AUGGCGGAGAAGCUCACCGGCGACCAGAUCUCCGAGUUCAAGGAGGCCUUCAGCUUAUUCGACAAGGAUGGAGAUGAUUACACUAGAUUGAAAUCUUUUGAUUUCGAUUUUGACAUUCUGUUCUUUUUCGUUCACGUUUCGGCAGGUUGCGUCACUACCAAAGAGAUCGGGACUGUGAUGCGUUCACUGGGUCAGAACCCUACGGAGGCAGAGUUACAGGAGAUGAUAAAUGAAGUCGAUGCAGAUGGCAGUGGGACAAUCGACUUUCCCGAGUUCCUCAAUCUGAUGGCUCGCAAGCUGAACGGCACCGACUCGGACGAGGAGUUGAAAGAAGCCUUUCGAGUUUUUGACAAGGAUCAGAACGGUUUCAUCUCCUCUGCCGAGCUUCGCAUUGUCAUGAGUAAUCUGGGCGAGAAGUUGACGGAUGAUGAAAUCGAUGACAUGAUCCGCGAAGCUGAUGUAGACGGCGAUGGCCAGAUCAACUACGACGAGUUUGUCAAGGUUAUGAUGACAAAGUGAGCUUUGAAGGAACAA